AUAACAAACAAGGUAGACGUUUGUAAACGAAGUGAGAAACUGUUCCACAAACAUUACACAAACUAUCAUGAAACUGUUCAGUUUCUACAGCAAAUCGGUUUACAUACAAUAUCGCAAUCAACUAUGCUCCACGACUACCAUCGUGGUCUGUGCACUGACGGUGGCCGCCUUUAUCGCACCAUACUACUUGCUGUCGUCCAUCAAACCGGGAGAACUUUGGGAUCAUCAGCGGGCCGUGUACGAGCAGCCAAGAGUGAAAUUUCUGUACCAAUACUUAUUUCUGGCUGAACUGGAAAAUCCCGACGAUCGUGUAACGUCCGUGGUGACGUGCAGUUCGUUUGAGGCCUACAACACGCUCACGGAACAGUUGCAUCCGUGCAGUGACGUGCAGGUGGUUCCCACCGAUGCGGAUCACGACCAAGCGCUGGAUCAUCUUUCGCUCGGGAUCAGUUUCAAUCCUCCAAACCUUGGGGCUCGAUUAUCGUUUUACACGAUCUACUUCUUCCUGGAAGCUACUGUAUCGUCGCAAUGUCUAUUCACCGUACCGGCAUUUGUUUCGUUGGAAAAAGUAGCAUCACCUAGCCGCAGCUUCGAAUCCGGCAGAAUCAAGCAUCACGGAUACUUGGAAGCGAAACAGACAACCACUCUCCAGUGUCCGUUCUUUAUGCGACAUCAAAAAUCUCACUUCAGUAAUCGGUACUACCCGAACGAAAACACAACGCUAGACGGAUUUCAACCGGGAGCUAUUCGCUCGAAGAUACGGAAAACCAAUCCGGCGUACUAUGAAUAUCACCCUGAACGGACAGAUUGGACGAUGGAUGAUUCGGGAUCGAUAAGCCUACAAAUAGAUGUCUCCAUCGGAGGUGCCGAUAGUCGGGAGCUAGCAUUCCUAUACAAAACCUCUCUUUGGUGGAAGUUGUGCCAGUUCUGGGGCAGCUAUUUCCCACUGCUAUUCGUCUCACUAUGGGUAACUGUAAAGAUCAAGCAAUACCUGUUCGAAAACUUCUAUCUCCGUGCGGUAGAAGUGAAGCCAUGGAAGGAUAAAUACAAUUAAUCCGCCAGUAGUCC